AUGGAAACUAGGAACAUUAAAAACUUUAUAAGAGAAAACAGAGAGAUAGUACUUCUGAUAUGCGACUUCUAUGAAACAAAGCACAUUCCAGAGGAGAUGACGAAUCUCAAGAAAAACCUGUCUUUGUUUCCUGUUGCAAACAUACCUCUGAUUGAGUAUGUUUUGUCGAGUCUUUGUGACCAGAAAUUUCUCAAUGUGAUUCUUGCUGGGAACGACUGUGAGGAAGUUGUGGAUUACGUCAGAAGGACUGAGCUUGAUGAGAGGAUGAACAUUAUUUCUCUUGGGUGUGAUGGGAAGUCUUUAGGGGAUUUGAUGAGGCACAUUGAUGACAAUGGGUUUGAGUUUGAUGACUUGCUAGUUAUAUAUGCAAACCACUACACAAAUUAUCCGCUCCGAAGCAUUGUUAAUAAGCAUAGAGAGGACAAGAGCUUUGCCAUGACUCUUUUUCUACACCCCAACGAAAGUAAUAGCAAGGUAUCUCAUUUGUAUGGAUUCAAAGGCAGCGAGGUUAUUUUCUAUAACAAGUGCAUCAAUGAGAAGUAUGACAGCGAGAAGGUCAAAGGCGCAAUAGAAAACGACGGGACCAUUGAGUUUACGGCCAGCCUGUCGUCUCCAACAAUAGCAGUGGUGUCGUCGGCAAUAUUCCCAUUAUUUACUGAGAACUUCGACUUUAGAACUCUUGGGGAUCUUGUCGGGGGGAUUCUUGGGUUCAAUGCCUACAAUCUCAAGAUAAUGUGCUGCCGGCAGGGCGACAUGGAUAUCUCUGGAGGACUGGAGCAUCUCAGCAUUGAAAGGAUGAAUGGAUUCUAUAGCAGAGAGAUUAUUACACUGUACGAUUACUUUAAGUUCAAUGAGGAUGUCAGGGAGGGCAAGGCCGUGGACCUGCUUAGGUUCAAGUGCCAUAACUCCAGGGAUCUCAGAAACUUUGUGCAGGUUGAGAGCAACUUCUUCUUCGAUAUCCCUGAUAUGGAACUCCACGAGCCCAUAUCUAACACAGUUAUUGGAUGUGACCUGAAGUUUAAGAUGAAUCACUUCAUCAAGAACUCUGUUGUAGGACACGGGUGCUUUAUUGGAGGAAAUAUAGACAGAUGUAUUAUAUGGGACGAUGUCUCGAUAAAGGAAGACUUCAUUGAUCACAUAGUCUUCUCUGAGGGGAGGGUCUUCCACUACAACCAUCUAGAGGAGGAGGUUGACGAGGACGUGUAUGAGGAAAAGGAGCCCAAGAGAGGGACGUCGUUCUUUGACGAUGUAGUGGUAUAUCUGCUGUCCAUAGUUGAGCGAGAGGAUUUGGACAGAUUAGACAUGGAUGAUGUAGUGAAGCAAAUAACCCUCCUUAGAAUAGUGCGGAAUGCCUCGGAUCUUGAUCUUAUAGAGGCAUUUUCGAUGUUUUUGGUAGAAAUGAUAGACUUUAACGAUAUAGACGGAUCAGCAAUAAGGGCUUCUAUGUUCUUUGGCAUUCUCGACGGCCACAUGAGGGAGGUUGAAAAGCAGGAGAUGCUCAUGGACCUUAUUGCACAAGGGUUUGGGGAAUGCCCUCCGAGCAUUAGGAUGGACAUAGUGUUCAAGUACGGCUAUUUAUUGGUCGAGGACGGAAUUAUCUCCCGCUCUGUUUUUAAGAAAUACAACUCGAUACUGAAGAAAUGGGCCAACUCUGCAGCUGGCUAG